UUUCUCUUCUACCUUCUCUGCGGCAUAAGGGAGCAAUGGAUUAGCCGUUUUCCAUUUGUUUUCCCUUAUUUCAAGACAAUAAAGUGGAAUAAUAAUUGGAGUGUUGUCCUAAGUCAGAGCUUUGUGGCCGGGAAACAUGUAAAAUGAAUUUUUUUUUACGUACAGUAACGAAAGAUCGCGAUAACGUAUAGUUUCGUUGCAUCAUUGAAACCACGUGUUUUCGAAAUUCUGACAAUCGACAGUGCCUGCAGGAUCGUUCAAUAGAAGAAACAAUAAAGAACAUCGUUUAUAGACCAAAUACAUAUUUUUUAAAUAGAGAAACCCGUCGUUACUCCCAUUCGCAUAUAUGAAACCUUCCUGUGGUUUAGGACGUUUCUCGGAACAGGUCUUCGAAUGCGAACAAUAUUGAUUCUUUUUCCGUGAGAAAGAGUAGUACGGUACAGCACGAUGACGGAGUUCGUGGAUGGUUGGAUUCUUGGACAUACUUUAGGAGAAGGUGCCUAUGGAGAAGUAAAACUGGUUGUGAACAAAGUCACUGGGGAAGCUGUGGCAAUGAAGAUGAUAGACUUGGAGAAACAUCCUGAUGCACGUCAAAGUGUUCGCAAAGAAACUACCAUACAUAGGAUGUUAUCAAACUCUCAUAUAAUACAGUACUUUGGUCAACGUAGUGAACCAAAUAUGGAAUAUAUAUUUUUAGAGUAUGCUUCUGGCGGUGAACUAUUUGAUAGAAUAGAACCUGAUAUAGGAAUGCCAAUUUGGGAAGCACAGAAAUAUUUUAAACAAUUAAUAUCUGCUGUGGAAUAUUUACACAGUCGUGGUGUGGCACACAGAGACCUUAAACCAGAAAAUUUACUUCUUGAUGAAAGCGAUAAUUUAAAAGUCUCAGAUUUUGGAAUGGCUACAGUAUAUCGCUUGCAAGGAAAAGAGCGUUGCUUAGAGAAAAGGUGUGGAACGCUACCAUAUGUCGCUCCAGAAGUGCUUAAUCGACCAUAUUAUGCUGAGCCUGCUGAUGUGUGGUCUUGUGGCAUUAUUCUCGUAGCAUUAUUAGCUGGAGAACUGCCAUGGGAUCAAUCCGUGGUAGAAUGCCGAGAAUAUAUGGCGUGGAGAGAAGGAAAGUACAUGUCAUUGACUCCAUGGAAAAAAUUGGAUAAUUUGUCUAUUGCAAUACUUAGAAAGAUACUUGCCCAUGUACCCUCUACCAGAUAUACCAUAGAAGACAUCAAGCAACACAGGUGGUUUACAAAAAAUUGCAACAGAGCUGGGAAUUCGGAAAUGGAUGAUACAGUUGAUGGUUCCAAUAAGAAACGUGUGCACACUGAAGAUGAGGAGAAUUUAACAACGUUAUGUAUGUCACAACCAGAGCUUCCUGGAAAGGAGAAUAUAAAUUCGGUACGAAUUAAUUUUGAGGAACGACCCGGGUUUUCGUUUUCUCAGCCUGCUCACAUGGAGGACCUUUUGUUAUGCACGCAAUUGCAAGCUACACAGUACACUCAAACGAGUCAGAAUACAUUCCAGAAGCUUGUUCGUCGAAUGACAAGGUUUUUUGUCGAAACUGACUGUGAGGCCACCGUGAAAAGAUUGCUUCAGUAUUUAGAAAAUGAAAAAUAUACUUAUCGUAUAAACGAUUUUGGCAUAUUAUUGCGUUUGUUUUAUCAGGUUACAAUAACAGGAACGGAUCGAAGAAAGAUGCCAUUGGUCUUUAAAGCCAAUAUGAUUGAGAUGGAUGGGAAAAUAUUAGUUGAUUUCCGAUUGUCCAAAGGCUGUGGUCUUGAAUUUAAAAGAAGAUUUAUGAAGAUCAAAGUUGGCUUGGAUAAUAUUGUUUUAAAAGGACCUAUCACAUGGCCUAUUGCAGUUAACACUAAAAGUAUGCCCUGACCACAAAAUAGCAGCUUUCUUCGUACAGUUUGCUGUGUUUUAUCAAUAAAGCAAUUUCUAUUUUUUAAGA